UGUGCCGGCAUCUGGAGACUUUCUACCGAGGGGCGGUCGCAUCGGUUUUCUGUUACCGAUCCUUUCCCCAUGGACCCGAAGUGCCCACUGAGCCCAUAGACCAUCUUCUCGGAGCUGCGCUUAUCAGGCGGUGGCCCCGGGGUCCGGGUGUGACCCCGGGGUCCGGGGGUGUCCCACCAGGGCUCUCGCCACCCGCCCCAGCGCAGGUACCCGCAUACGGAGGGGAAAAAAGACCAGCCGCGAUCCCCUAAGAGAGCGAAUCUUUGAGGUCCCCCAAAAAGACAAGAGAAGACCGCGCGCAUUCAGGAGACUGAGCAGAUUCUGAGCUUAUUCGCGGAGCGAGCUCCGUGGCAGUACAACUUCAAGCUGGAGGAGCCGGCAAGACCUGCGUCGGUAGUGACUGACGUAGACAUGGGUCCCGAGCCGGAGACGGCCACCGAGGCCUCCGCACCUUUAUCCACACAGAAUCCGGCGCCGGGGCUGGAGCCCGUGCCAGUGCCCACUCCGGUACCGAUGCCGGUGCUGGAGCCUGUCCCGGAUCCGGACCCGGAACCGGAGCCCGAGCCCGUGCCGGACCCAGAGCCUGAUCCCGAGCCCGAGCCUGAUCCCGAGCCCGAUCCCGAGCCCGAUCCCGAGCACGGGCCUGAGCAGUCCGAGACGGUCUCAGAGCAGGAGACCAAAGAGUUGGUGGCACAGGCCAAUGCCCUGGUGGCUCAGGGGUGCCUCCGGGAAGCCCUCGAGAUUUUCAAGCAGCUUUCGGGGCUGCAGCAGCUAGUGCCGGAGCAGCUGGAGCAGCUGGUGCUCUCCCUAGCGGGGAACGUCCAGGCGCUCCCAGCCGAGUGUAGAGCGGCAGCGACUACCAUGGUGAUUGAUGAAGAGGCAAAGGCCGCCUUUGAGGCUGCCGAGGUGUGGGAAGGCUUUAAGUGCCCCAAGUGUCACAGCUUUCUGUCAGAUCCCGUGUCCCUGCUGUGCGGCCACACCUUUUGCAAAUUGUGCUUGGAGCGCGGCCGCGCCGCCGACCGGCGCUGUGCCGUGUGCGGGGUCAAGCUCUCCUCUUUGCUGAGCCCCGGGCGGAUGCGCUUUAUCCGGCGCCUAGGGCUGCUGGGUCCUAUCGAGCCUCCGCUGCCCAUAGAGCCACUGCUGCCGCUGCCGCCCCGGCCCCAGGUGCAGCUUCGAGUCAACGUAGUGCUCAACAGUCUCCUGAGCAAAAUGUUCCCAGGCCGGGCUCGGGCGUCUCAACUUCGGCACGAGGGCAACAAGCUGUACCGCGAUAACCAGGUGGAGGCGGCGCUGCUGAAAUACAACGAAGCCGUUAAACUAGUUCCAAAUGACCACCUGCUUUACAGCAAUCGAUCUCAGAUUUAUUUCGCCUUGGAGGAUCCCUUGAAAGCACUGCACGAUGCAGAGAUAGCUUGCAUGCUUCGUCCUAUGGGAUUCAAGGCACAUUUCAGAAAGGCACAGGCCUUAGCCUCUCUAGGAAUCUUAGAUGACGCUAUGAAGGAAUUUCUAUUCUGUUUGUCCCUCGAUGGAAAAGACAAGAAAGCAAGAUGUGAAGCCCAGAAGCUUCUCCUUAGUUUCUUUUCACCAUCAGUCCCGGGGGAUUCUCAGGAACAAUCUCCCGAUAUCCUGAAACUGUUGGCACCUCACCUUAGAUUAAUGGAACAAGUAGAGUCAAUGGCUACUGAAGGCACCAUCCAUAAUCUACCAGACUUGGCACAGGAAAAUAUGGAACUCCCACACUGUUCAUAUCAUGAGGAAGCAGCAGCCUGGGGAGAAAGCACCACCCCCAUGGACAUCACUGAAACCCAGGAGUGUGACAUGAAAAACCAGGAUGAAGAGGAGGAGGAGGGUGCAGUUGCCUUUCCAGAAACUUCUGGAGCUUCCUCCAACAACACUGGCAAAUGCCAGGAGAAGAAAAGAAAAUUCUGCAAAAUGGAAAUUCAAGAUACAUCUCUUCCCACCAAAGCUUCUAAACAAGAUCUCAACAAUGAGCAGAAAGCCGUAUCUGCUCUCUGUGAACCACUUGCAACUUUUGAUGCAACAGACCUUGAAUGUGCUCUGUGCAUGAGAUUGUUCUUCGAGCCAGUUACAACACCUUGUGGGCAUACUUUCUGCUUAAAAUGCUUUGAAAGAUGCCUUGAUCACAAUGCAAAAUGUCCACUCUGCAAAGACAGUCUUUCACAGUGCUUGGCAUCAAGAAAAUACAAAAUAAAUGUCACCAUGGAGGAAAUAAUCGCUAAAUUUCUUCCAGAAGAUCUAGAAGAACGAACGAAAAUUGAUGAAGAAGAAAUGGAAGAGCUUUCUAAUUUAAAUAAGAACGUGCCUAUUUUCGUGUGUACUAUGGCUUAUCCCUCCGUGCCAUGCCCACUACAUGUCUUUGAUCCUUGUUACCGCCUGAUGAUUCGGAGAUGCAUUGAGACAGGCACAAUGCAGUUUGGCAUGUGCCUUGGCGAUCAAUUGAAGGGAAAUUUUGCUGAAUAUGGCUGCAUGUUGGAGAUCAAAUACGUUCAGUUCUUUGCUGAUGGCUGCUCAAUGGUUGAGAGCGUAGGGAGGCGACGCUUCAAAGUCCUCCAACAGAGCCUGCGAGAUGGCUACAACAUAGCUGACAUCGAAUACAUUGAAGAUCAUAAGAUUAAAGAAGAGGAUUAUGCUGAGCUCAUGGGUUUACACAACUGUGUCUAUGAACAAGCAUCAUCAUGGUUUCAUUCACUCAGAGCAUCUCUGAAGAUGCGGAUACUCAGUCACUUUGGUCCAAUGCCAAAGAAAGAUGCUGAUAUCAAGGCACAACCUAAUGGCCCAGCGUGGUGCUGGUGGAUCUUAGCGGUUCUCCCACUGGAAAACCGAGCUCAGCUCCCGUUCCUGGCCAUGAGAUCCCUUAAAGAUAGAUUGAAUGGAAUUCAACGGGUCUUAGCCUUCGUUGGAAACCAGUGAGAAAUGUAGAUGGCUGAAGAGGAAUGUUUACUCUCUUCAACUGCCCUAGGGGGGGCAUUGUCUUGUAUAUAUAUAUCGAAUGGCAAUAACAUCUUAACAGAAGGAAGUCUCAAACAGAGAGGCAAUUACCUGCCAUUGAUCCUAGAGUGAACUUGCAUAGAAAUUUCUAAAGAAUUAGGACCUAAAUAAUAUCAAAUAAAACAGUUCUUGUUAAAAAAAAAAGAAUUAGGACCUGUUUGAAACUUUCUGUCUUAAGAUGCUUCUUGAUGUGCUGCACAACUAGACACACAACAGAGGUGUUAAAAGAGCCCAGAAGAAAAAAAAAUUCAUCUGAUUUUGACAUAAAAAUUUUUGAAAGUCUCGAAUGGUUUUGGUUUAAUUUCCUUUCUUUCAUAGAUGAAUGACUGUGUGGGUGAAGUGUGAGGUGAAAAUGCUAAUGAUUUACUGCAUUCUUUCACUGACUCAAAGUCUCAUUCCAAUGGUUCAAGUUUUAUACAGCAUUGUGUAUAUAAAAAUGUUCAUACUUCUUUCCAUGUUGAUAACUUAUUUCUUACACUACUGCUACUGUAUCCUUUUCUAGGUGUAUGUUGAUAACUAUUUAAGUGUACAGUAUGAAAAAGUAUUGUUUUAUUUAUUGGUGUGUUUACAAUGUACCUAGGGGAAGUAAUAUGCCAAAUGUGAAAUCUGUGCUUGAAAUAUUUUUACUUACAUUUUUUCUAGUUCUUGAAACAGUUUUAUGUGUGUAUGUAAUAUAUCUAUGUAGUUGUUUUUAAAAGUUUUUAGAAUAAAACUAAAAUAAUCUCUUUAUAGAUUCCAUUUGAUAAUGGAAAAAUAGUUAAAGAAUUUGGCAUAGCUUAAGACAUAGGCUAGACACAAGUUAAAUAAUAUAUUUCCUAUGUGUUAGAUAUAGCAAGACUGAAGGAAUUAUUUUUCUGGAAUAAAGAGAUGAAUAAGAGGAGUGUAUUCUGUUACAAUAGCUAUCAGCACUCCUUUUCACAGUCCAUUACUGUAUAUAAUUUUUCUCCAGUUAGAAAUGGGAUUCUUUGGCAAGGUAAUAUUUAACCCUUCAAGGGGAAUGGCUUUCAGUUUGGUACAUCACAGCUUUGCCAAACUAGUCUCCACACGCACCUUUUUCUGGGAUCAGAAAGCUUCAAGAUUUGGCUAGCAUUUGUGAAAACAGUUGAUAAACAGUUGUUAUAUAAAGUGGAAAGAAGUUGGUCCAUCUAGAAUCCUUUAAAAGAUACUCCAAACUGUAUAUUGAUGUGUAUAUAUGUAUAUUAUGUAUAUAGCUUUUGGAUUUUUAGUCUUUAUCAAGGGACUAAACACUGCCUUUUCCACUAGUUGCUUUUUGUCAAAGAUUUCCAUGUUGGGGAAGAAGAGUGGCUAAAUAUUUAGCUUGCCUUGUGCUACUUUUAGCCUUCAAUACCAGGAGAAACUUGGAAAAUACUGUGCAUAUGGGAGUGUUAUAGUAAUAGAGUGACUAGCAUGCCAUUUGUACCUUUGUGCAAAUGAUCCCCCUUACUAGACAGCUGCACCACAUUCCACCCUAGCUGUCAUCCACUCUGUUAAGGUGAGAGGUUAAUGCCCACAGUGAUCAGUCUGGCGUCUUGUACCAUCAUCCAUGGCCAUAAAUAGAAGAGAAUGAGAAGUUCUGGACAACAUAGAAGAGAGUUAUGUAAGCAGAAACCAAAUGAUCUUUUCUAUAAUUUCUUAGCGAACACUGUGUUGUCUGUUACUGGUUUUGAUGUCUAGAGCCAAACAGUGAAGAAUGAAAAUAUAGACAUGCACGGUUCGGAGAGCAGGGAAUCAAGGGUCUUUAUUCCCACCUGGUACCCUGUUAUGUGAUCCAUGGCAUAGUUAUGACAUGAGUGUUUUCUUAGUAUUUAGCAUAAAUGCAACAGAGAGAAAGGACAUAUGUACUUCUUGCAAGAUGUGUUCACCUUUUGGUGAGUGAUUUCAUUUCACUGAGUCCUAUUUCCCCUGUCUAACAAAUAGUAGUGAUAAUAGUUAUGGCUAAGACCAUUGAUAUAUGUAAAUAACUUAGCACAGUGCCUACUCUACAGGAGGUAGGGAAAAUGAUAGCUAUUAUAAGAUUACUUCAAGUUCUGGAAUAUUACAAGGGGCUUACAUUUGCCUAAAACACUGCCUUUACACAAAAUAUCUGUUUUCAACCCCUUUUAAAUAUGUUCAGAGGCAUACAUGCCACUGACUUGCAGAUAACUUAAAGAUGUACAGGUAAUUACUUUAAGGACAAGUCUCUUUAGGCAGGCAAGGGCACAAGAAAACAACUGAGGUUCGAAGGUAAGGGAGAAGUCUGUGCCAGCAAAUUUUCCUGUUUUAACAGGGCUAAAAUUUCAUGUUUGGAAAACUAGACUUCUUGGUAUAAUAGAAGCCUUAAGUUCUAGUUUCUGUAGAGUAUCUUAAGUUCUAGCUCCAUUAAAAUAACUAGAUUGUCACUCCUUGAGCUCUACCAUGCAUUGGGAAUCUUGACCAUGCCAGGAGAACAGAUUUAAUUGUCUGACUUUUAAGGUUAGUUUGUAGUGUUUUUUAAUGCAGCUCUUACCACUCCACCCCUAAAUCCCCCAGCCAAAUUUAUUUAUUAUUAUUUUUAAUUGAAUCACCAAACUUACAAAGUUUUCAUGAUUGAGUCUCAGUCAUACAAUGAUCGAACACCCAUUCCUCCACCAGUGUGCAUUUUCUACCACCAAUGACCCCAGUAUUCCUCCCACCACCCCCAUCCCAUCCCACCCCCUGCCUCUGUGGCAGACACCUUCUUUCUUAUUCUCUCUCUACAUUGGGCAUCAUGGUUUGCAAUACAGAUUAGCACACAUCUCCCAUUCUUAGCAGCCCCUCCAACCAUCAUUGAAUUAGUCCCCAGACAAAUUUAUUGAGAACUUGACUCUUAGUGGCUUAGCAACACCUUUGAGGUUCUUUGACAACAAGCUUUCACUGCUGUAGUGGUGAGAGGGAAGACACACUUUGCCUUGCUCUGAGAUGUACUUGAAAGGGGCAAUCAACUGGUCAUGUCCAUUUCACUCUUGUGAGCUGAUUUUGUUACAAAGCUUGAUUAUGUGAGUAGAGAGAAUAGACAUUAAGUUAAUUGUAUGGGUGCAAGACUUCCCCCUGGGUGCGUAGUUCCCUGUAUUUUGUUAGUUUUCUUGUUUCGUGAUUUACCUGGUAUUUUGGUAAUAUUUUUUCUCUGUGUGUACAUAUAGAUGUAACUGUGUGUAUAUAUAUGUGUGUGUAUGUAGAUAUCAAGUGGACAUUAUGACUUUAUGUUUGGUACUGUACUACUGCUGCUAGUGAAUAACCAGAAAAAUGUAAGAACUGAACUUUCUGUAAACAACUAUGAGAAACAGUACUGUCCUCUUAUUUGGGGACACAGAGAACUGAUUAUUUCAAAUUUUUGCCUUUACUGAAGACCUACUGAUUCUAGUCCAGUGCUAAGGAAGCACAGGAUAGUUGAGUCACUGCUUUUGUGACCCUUCCAGCAUAAGGAGCUGCUUGGGCUCAGAUCAUCCCUCUGGGGGUUGGCAGUAGAGCUCCUGGAGCUCGUUCAUGGAGCCUGGAGAACUUUUAAAUGCCAACAGAUUGCAUACUGUGGAUGAACUAGAAUCCACUGGGGACUAUGUUCCCCGCACCAACCCCAUUUCUAAGAUGGGAGUUUUACUGAAGGGACUCAGUCAUUGAGUUCCCAACAUGCUGGCUUUACAGCCAUUUUCAUUUCCCUAGGAAGAAUCACGAGUAGAAAUUCCUAAGAAAGAGGCAGAUGGAAAACAGCCCAUAUAAGGGAUACAGGAUAGAUUGUAAACCCUUUACUGAGUUUAAGGUUUUGACUUUACUGGAUUUACAGAUUUGAUGAUCAAAGGCAAUGCUGAAGAGCAGCUGGCUGCCCUUCAUGGCCCUUGCUGAAGGGGGAAAGAGGGAAAAGGAGCCAUUUAGAAUGAGGGUGCUCAUGGCUCACUUUUUAACUAUCUGGGUUAUGUAUACCCAGCGGUGAAAGGAAGAUUCUUUCACUAGAAUGGAUCUUUUCAAAGAUGGUUAGUUAACUUUGGAAGAGAAGUGCCUGUAAUUUCUGUACUUAGUCUCAUAUUAAAUCCUUUUCUUUAUGAUUCUGUGGUUCUUUAAAAUUUGAAAAUCCAUCUCAUUAAGUAUGAUUAAUAGACGUUUACAAAACUACACUGUAGCUUAGGCAUUGUUUAAAAGGUUGCUUGACAUUAAUCAAUUGUCAGAGCAGCAAGAGUAAAUGAGAUUCAAGAGCAAAUAGGUCAUUGUGGUUUCAUAGGCUUAUCUUAGAUAAACUAGUUUCAUCAUUUUAUGAAAUACUUAGAAAUGCCAGGAUUAAAGUAUCAAGUGAAUCUUUUAAACAGUGGCAAAUGUGUUUGUCUGUUACUCCAUUUGCUUAAUAAGUAGUCAUUUCAGUCUUGAACAGUAAUAAAUUGAAAGAUUAAUUAAGAUUGUGCUUCCCCAGUGUCUCCCCACAUCCCUCCCCAGCCCCCACCCUCACAAUUGCUUUUCAACUACC